AUGAUGCUUUCAAGUGGGGCUAUACACAUCUUUGUAGUCUUCACGGCUCUGGGGAUUAGUGUAUUUAUCGGAGAAAGAAUACUGGCCAUAACACUUGCAGCUGUCAUUUUUGCGUCCUUGGCCGUCCUGUCUGCUGUCAUUUUCACAUCAUGGCAUCAGUGGCACAAUAUCAUCUAUCUUUUUCCUGUAACCAAUUUCCUUUUGCACUAUUUCAUUCUUUGCAUUUAUGAGUUUAAGUUGACCGAUUUGGAUCCUCAGUUACUGGAGGUAUUUAUACAUACUACACUUCCUUCGCUUUGCUGUUUGAUUCUGUCCUGGAUAAUAUCAUGUGCGCUUGGAUUGCAGUUUUCACUUCAGCUUCUGCUUUCUGGUUUCUUCGUCCUUAUGUGGUGUCUGUCCAAGCGAGACUACUUCCUUUCCAAUCGUUCUGGAAAAAGGAACUAUGGCUUACUUUGGCAACGUUGUGUGCAGUUCUGUAUCCUUCUGCUAAUGGAAAUUUUCCCUCUUGGUGCGCAUAUUGUUCAUAUUUAUUCCAACUGGAUCUCAGCCCAUGCUGGUGUUCAGCUAUUGAUGACGGUGCUGCUUUUUUGUGGUGUACAAUUUCUGUCUAGUAUUGCACGGGGGUUUGGCAAACUUGACCACUGCGCCAGUCAUCGCCGUCCUUUUUUCGGUUCUAUCGCUGUGAUAUGUGCUGUGCUGCUUUUUCUACACAAUACAAACAUAUGGAGCUUGAAGCAGAGGGCACCAACUGAACUCUCGUGGCUGCUUCUUUCCGCCUUGCUGUUUUCGCUCCUUAUGAUAUGUUCGAUUUACCGGAUUCGUGCAGAAGCCAACAGCGAUGCUGUUCAUCGUGUCCAUGUGAUUUCACUUGGUAUAGGCAUACUGCUUUGUAUAUGCUGUAUUACUACCACUCAACGGGUCCCCAAGAGUUUCGAUGGUGGCGGCUGGUUAACCGGUCGCCUAGGCUUCAUCCUCCCGUUGUGCACCCUCUUCUCCGUUCUGCCAGUCAUUCUUUUUCGACACAUAGAACCGGAAAUACUGGAAAUCAUGGCGACCUUAUUUAUCCUAGCUUUCUACACUGCGGAAUGGAGCCUGUUUCAAUCAAUGUUGAUCAAUGAAGCAUUAUUCAUAUCAUCAACACUCGCUCUUGGGUUGUUCCUGUUCGUUUUGCAUUUGAAAAACAAAAGACACAAGCCCGUCAACCUUGCGACCAAUGACAGUGGGUUUCUUUCAACAGACUUUCUCAACUUAUGUGUGGUUGCCCCGGCCGUAACCAAAACACUGCUGAUUGGUGUGAAUCGGUUGGAAUAUUUUGAGAGGUCUAUGUCUUUCUUGUCUCCUGUUGUACAUCAACGGAUACGUUAUGAAAAAGGUGCAAUACUUGGUAUCUACAUGACAAUUGUUGGCCUGGUCUCCGGUUCGCGUAUCCUAGAUGGUUUCACAAAAUGUUCCGCUUAUUUGGUUCACCGAACUGGUAUCCUCUGGACCAACCAUAAUGGAACGUUCGAACAAAUUUUUGGACAAACCGGACUCUUCUUGUAUUUCGAACUUUCAAUCUACCUUUUCUGGCCUAGCAUCAUGCGAAUACUGUUCGGAACUGUACCGUCAGGUUGUGUAGCUUUCCAAUCCGCCUUACUUCUCACUGGCAUUUCGCUCUACCUGUCCCCACGACUGAACGGACCGGUGCAAUCAAAACUGGUUGGAGCUCAAAGCGCGAUACGCAACAGUGCUCGGCAUUGUGUAGUCGCGGCAUUUUUUCUGCUUGGUGCCUUAGUGCUUCUUGGAAGUGUCUCUUCUGCCGGCUGGACUUUGCUUCUUCUAUUGGUCGGCGUCCCUGCUACAGUCUAUGUCAUUGUGUGUUUGGCUACAUCCAUGGCACUCAAAAAAGAUAAUAUUUUGGUGGCAUUUCGUUACAAUUGGAUUAUUUCUUCGAUGGAGUGGGGCCUGUUGCUAGGCCUCGUGUUGUCUGUUCUCUUUGUACGGAUGGACUUGACACUUCUUGGCAUACCAUCACUCUUCUGCUCCGUCCUUUAUGCGACGUGCAUAUGCCUUCUUACUCAAGCACGAUUCUCCGAUUCUCUUCGAGAAGCGAUGGAACCUAGUCAGCCUGACUUGCUGCCCAUUCUGACCUUGAGAUCGGAUGAAUCAAAGAAAUUGCAAAUGUUCCUACUACGCGCCAGAACACGCUUCAUGUUGAUGAAUUUGCUGCUUGGAGUCGCUGCGUUGGUUGGUAUUUCCGCGUGUCAGUGGUUUGUAGCCAACGAUUUUCCGGACUAUAACAGUCUGUUCCCAAAUCCAGUACCCAUCGCCUUUUUUGUCCUCAGUCAGUUGGCCUCAGAUCGUGUGAACCGCAGUCCAGUUCGCUCACGCAAUUCGAAAAAGAUACUCCUGAACGUUGACAACCCCAUGUCGUGUUCCGAGUGCCUACUUUUGCACGUGGCUAUCAACAUCACUGUUGUGCUGGUGAUUAUCUCACUUCUUUACUGGUGCUCAUGGACCCUAACUGAUCUACGCGUCCUGUUUCUUCCCUGGUUUCUGUUUGGUCUCGUCGGCACGUCUUUCGAACGUAGUUCUAAAUUUCUUCCGCUCGCCGGAUUCACUCUUCUCCUCUUGAUUUCAAUGUCUGCUCAGUCCCAUUACAUGGAAAGCUUCAAUCCGCCGGUGCCUACAUUUACUAGGCGGCUAUUCCGAGCCUCCUACUCACCAUGGUUGCGUUGGGGUGAAGUGCUGCUUACGCUUUCACUCAUCCCCAUCCAUGUGCUCUUCCUCAUGCAUCUGACAAAAGCGUCGACUUUGCAAAUAGUCCAUUGGAUUUUACCCAAUAGCAAGUUUCAAUCCUGGACUCCCUUAAUUGCCCAUGGUCUGAGUCAUGUAUGUGCAUCCAUAACUUGUUCCGCCUAUGGUCUCAGUUUGUUUUGUUUGCUCUAUCUUUUCCUUGCCAGUUCAGUUGCAUCUGCCGUAUUCGGUGUGUACAGUUUCUUGGUUUGCUGUUACGCAAUCGUGCGGAUCGAUGUUCGACUUGAACUAGAUUUCCCCUAUGCAUUAUAACAUUUCCUCGAACUCUCAGGUCACUUUUCUUGAGUUGCUUCGACCAGCACACACCACUGUUGCAUUUC